ACACUGUCAGUGAUUGACAGGCACUUAUUUAGAGCGAUAGCAUUAUCUAAUUGCUAUCAAUGUAAAUAUGAAUCGAUUUCUGAAAGAAUGCAGUCGUUUUUAUACUUUCUAUUUUUAACCAUUCGAUGUAGUCAAGUAUUAAGUGAAGAUACUCACGAACUACCGCCAAAUUUUGAGUACUUUCCUAAUUUAGAAUCAAUCAAAGCUUUCUUCAGAAAUGACACACAUCCAUUCGCUAAACAGAUUCUUGAAACAUUUGAAAAUGACUGUAUUUACAUGGAAAAUCCCGGAGUACCAGAGGGUCGGAGAAAACCAUUUAUCGUCAUCGAAGGAAAUCAUAGAAGCAGUAGGGACGUGAUAGGGAUGAAGCUGGCGCGAAGGCUUAACGGGAGAUAUCUCACUAACUUGGCGCCCUGUCUGCACCAGCACUUCAAACACUUAUCAUCGGGUUCUACUACAAGGAGGGUGUUCUACCUUCUCUCCAUCUACGCGUCGGCCUUCAACGCCAUCAUAAACCUGAAUCUCAAUAGAGCAGUAGUCAUGAAUGGAUACUGGUUGGAACAAGUGACGUUCAGCCUCCUACACUCACUGGGAGACGCUCCAGCACCUCCAAUAUCUGCAGAUAUCUUCCAGUAUCCUCCAGAUUUGCCGGAGCCCGACCUUUUGAUAUACUUGGAUCUCCCGGAGGACCAGCUGAAGAAGAGGACACCCUCGGUGCAGAGAGUCAGAUCCAAUGAUCUCUACAACCAACUGAGUGCCAUACAUCCUAUAUCGAUCCAAUCCCUCGCCAAGGUGUACCGGAUAGCGAUUGACGAAGUUUACUACAAUGUCCGGAGUAAUCUGUCAGACACACGGGACUUCCGGCAUAAGGCUGAUCCCUUCUGAAGCAUCCAUUGAGUAGAAAUUAAUAGUAACUGUCGAAAAUAACCAAAAUAAAAUAAUGGAUAUUUUGUAUCAUUUAA